AGCCUCUGGCCAUCGAUGCGAUGGCAACCGCGCCUGCGUGAUUGGCAGCGAACGUGGACGCCAUGAGUUCGGCGCUGGAGAAGCCGCAGAUCAUCGCCCACAUCCAGAAAUCACUCAACUACACCUUGUUCGAUUGCAAAUGGAUCCCCUGCAGCGCCAAGUUCGUCUGCAUGGGCAACUUUCCUCGCGGCACCGGCGUGCUGCAGGUCUACGAGGUGUCGCACGGGGAGCUGGUGCUGGUCAAGGAGAUUGAAAAAUCAAAACCUUUUAAAUGCGGCACCUUUGGAGCCACCUCUUUGCAACAGAGGUAUCUGUCAACUGGGGACUUUGAUGGAAACCUGCACAUAUGGAAUCUGGAGGCUCCGGAAAUGGCCGUUUAUUCGGUAAAAGCGCACAAGGAGAUUAUAAAUAGCAUUGAUGGUGUAGGAGGCUUGGGAAUUGGGGAAGGAGCUCCGGAAUUGGUUACUGGCAGCAGAGAUGGAAUGGUGAAAGUCUGGGACCCCAGGCAAAAAGACACUCCUGUGGCAAACAUGCAGCCUGCAGAUGGAGAUACCAGGCGGGAUUGUUGGACUGUGGCAUUUGGUCAUGCCUACAGCUCCCAGGAGCGCUGUGUGUGUGCUGGAUAUGACAAUGGUGAUAUCAAGCUAUUUGAUCUGAGAACUAUGUCGCUCCGCUGGGAAAAGAACAUAAGGAACGGGGUCUGUUGUGUUGAGUUUGACAGGAAAGAUAUCAACAUGAAUAAGCUGGUGGCUACUUCCUUGGAGGGAAAAUUUCAUGUGUUUGACAUGAGGACCCAGCACCCAACCAAAGGUUUUGCUUCAGUCAGUGAGAAGGCAUAUAAAUCCACCAUCUGGCAGGCCCGCCACUUGCCGCAAAACAGAGACAUCUUCAUGACAGCAGGAGGUUCUGGUAAUCUGCACCUUUGGAAAUAUGAGUACCCUGCCCAGCGCUCUAAAAAAGACUCUGAGAACAUGGAUAUGGGAGUCGCAGGUACAGUCACACUGCUCCAAAAUGUGACUGUGUCCACCCAGCCCAUAGGCAGCCUUGACUGGAGCCCAGAUAAGCAGGGCCUCUGUGUCUGCACAGCAUUUGACCAAACAGUGCGAGUUCUGAUUGCCACAAAACUGAAUCGAGUUUAAGAAAUGGAUCAAGUACAUUCUGUGCUGAAUAUUCUCUCGCCUUUCAAUGAGAGUGGUUUCGGUGCCCUGCGCCAUCAGCCAACAGAGGUCUUUGUUAGGGUGGGUAUUGUCCAAUUGCUCAUCUUUGAGAGAAUAUUAUUCUUCUGAUGGUGCUCCAUCUAGUGGCUCGAAUGAGGAUUGCUCGACUGAAGUGUCAGUCUGAUCGCUGUGUUCUGGUGAUACAAUGUUUGUGCUAAGUGACCACUGCAGACUUGUAUUUUGAGUGUUUAAAAUGUUUGGUUUAUUAGGACAGUUCCAGCUUUAUUUUCUGCUCAUGGUUGCAAAAUUUCCAAUUAAGAUAGAGUGUGAAGGAUUUGCAUUUUUUUUAUUGUAACGUUAUACAUGAGAUGUUAAACGUGUUCACAUUCUACGGGCGCCCAGCUUGGUUGCUACAUAGAUGGGUGUUUGUGGAAUCAGUGAUUGGACUGUAUCUGAUUACACAGGAGUGUAUGCUUCCAUAUAUGAGUGAGAAUGCCAUACAUAUACGCACGUGCGCAAACACACACACGUGUGCAUGCAUGUGAGCUGCUCUCUUUCCAUCACAUUUCCAGCUCCUACUUUCCCCUUUUCCUGAAGCUCUCAAACCUGAAAAUCUCACCUAUUUCAGCCCUUUGGUUACAGGCUAAUUCCUGUUUGAUACAAAACCUUUACUUCCGGAUUGGUGUGACAGUCACUGUGACGAGGUCGGCUUUUUCUUUCUCCACGUGUUAAAUAAUCUGUGUGCAAACAAUUUCCCAUUGUUUCUUCACUGUUUCAGGACAGGAACAUAGUAUCUAAAUUCUGCCACGUCUUCACUUGGGGAAGUAAAUUGUUCUUGGGUUAUUAUGAUCUCCCAUGGGGAGAGGUUGGUUCAAACCUUUUAUUUUUAGCCACAGUUGUAAAUAAAGUGAAUCCAAAAAAACAUUUCUGGCAUUUCGCUUUAAAGUUGAGUUUUACUAUUUGCUUAACAUAUUUUGCACAUUAGCAUGAGAAAGUGUUACUGAUAAUUUGUUACCUCUCAAAUAAACUGUAAAAAUGUAGUCAAA